AUAAGUGAUAAAUAAAGGUUGGCCUAGAAGGAUUGAUUAAGACUUAAGAGUAGGCGAAGCAAAGAGUCCGUUGUGCGGUGGAAUCUGCUACUUGAGUGCCAUACUCAACUUCCUCCGAGUAUAUAGUACAGAGAGAGAAAGAGAAAGAGAAAGAGAGAGAUAUUUGUAUUCGAGAGAGAGAAAGAGAUUAGAAUACGAGAGAGAGAGAGAGAGAGAGAGUGUGUGCGAUGGGAGAUGACAGAUUGAGUUCGAUAAUGAUGGCGAGAGGUGAUAAUAGAGAUCGAGAACUUCUCAUUCCGGUAGCUCACUCGCCGCCGUCAACCUCCUCCGGUGACGAUGACGAGUCUUCGAAGCCUUCUUCUCCCACUGUUGCUUCAUCUCAUCUCUCCGGCCGCGAGACAUUUUACAAAGUCGUUAGGAGUUGGGCAUCAAAAAAGUUCAUGACUGGAUGUGUCAUCAUGUUGCCGAUAGCUAUCACUUUCUAUAUCACAUGGUGGUUUAUUCAUUUCGUUGAUGGGUUUUUCUCUCCUAUAUAUGCUCAGCUGGGAAUUGAUAUAUUUGGUCUCGGCUUUAUGACAUCUAUCACUUUCAUUUUCUUUGUUGGAGUGUUCAUGUCAUCAUGGUUGGGGGCAUCUGUUUUAGGUCUUGGAGAAUGGUUUAUCAAGCGUAUGCCAUUUGUUCGUCACAUUUACAAUGCUUCCAAGCAAAUUAGUGCUGCAAUAUCUCCAGAUCAGAACUCACAAGCAUUCAAAGAAGUGGCCAUCAUAAAGCAUCCACGUCUUGGUGAAUAUGCUUUUGGCUUCAUCACAUCAUCUGUUCUUCUCCAGACUUAUUCGGGAGAGGAGGAGCUAUGCUGUGUAUAUGUCCCUACCAAUCAUCUCUAUAUUGGUGAUAUAUUUAUGGUCAAUGUCAACGAUGUUAUAAGACCAAAUUUAUCAGUUCGGGAAGGGAUUGAGAUUGUGGUGUCCGGUGGAAUGUCAAUGCCCCAGAUUCUAACAACAUUGGAGUUGAGGACCGGUAUUGAUAGAAGCCGAAUGGACUGAAACUGUAAAUAGUAGGUAUCAGCAGAUAACAGAUCACUUGUCUUGCUUGAAAUCAUGAUGAGUACUCAGUUGUGCUGCUAAUUCUUCUCGUAUGUGUAGAAUUUUGAAUUAUAAUUGUUAGAUUGUCGUUGCUAUUGUUACUUGGGCUGCUAUCUAGGAUGCUAGGGUCUUGGCAUUUGCUUAAUGUAUGGUAGUUUGUUAGUGUUUUUUUUUUUUUUAAGAGACACUAUUGCACAUAUAGCCUGUCUGUCGUAGAAGAAGGAAUACUACUCACAGUUCUUUAAUAUUAGGCAAUGUGCCAAGGUAAUCCGGAAUAUUUCCGAUGAAGCUAUUAUUCUGCA